AUGGUGUUCGAUGCCAUCAAGACUCUCAAGGAGCGGAACGGAUCCUCCAUCCAGGCCAUGAAGAAGAGUAUCACCGCCACCUACCCGGCCCUCCACUUCACGCCGCACCAGAUGCGCAGCGCCCUUAAGAAGGGAGUUGAAACUGGCAAGUUCAUCAAGGUGAGACACGCGUUGCCUCUUGCUCCCAUUGGUGCAUGUUUUGUGUGCUGCGAGUGA